UAAUAAAGUAGCAAGGGAAAUAAAUAGUGUUAAAUAAUUUUUUUACAUUUGUUGUGACAUCACUGUAGCUCCAGUUUAAAAGACCUUGGAUAACCAAAGUGCUAGAAUAGUUAACAAUUGUACAUUGAGAAAAUCUGCUUAGCUGAGAACAAAAUUGACAAAAUUGAUAGUUCAACUGUAAACAAAAGGAUCAUCUACCCCUGAUUGACACAGUAGUGUAAGGGGAUGCAAUAGUAAUUGUUUUUGUUUUAUUGGUUCUGAUUUGCUCCAAAGAAUUUUGCUCUAAAGAUUUUUUUUUCUUUAUUUAUACAUAGGUAGGGAGAGGCCCAUAAUAAAAAACACCUUUUCUUCCACGGCAGUAUAAGGGAAAUGAUAGGUUAGGUUAUUGCGUGAGAAUUUUCUUCUGCUCUUUUGGCCGUAAGAAUCCAGGUGUCAAGCCUGGGGAUUCUGUGGGGAUAACAACUUCAGGAGGAAGGAUUGGCAAAUAGACGGUGACAGAGACCAUCGCGAUCGUUCCAGUGACACAGGGCAGUGAAAGGUUCCAGGGAGAGCCAGCUGGAUACACGCAUCACUACAAAAGGUUCCAGAUGAGGAGAAGAGGACAGGUUUUUCUACAACCUGCAACAAGUGACGAGCAGAUCCUCUGCUGAGUCACCCACGUGCCAUUUCUGAAGCGACAGGGAAAACUGGAGUUUUUCUCACUGUUUGCAACACAUUGAGAGAGGAGGAAAAACCAGAAGCUACAUACUGGUUGCAGAUGGAGACCUCACGGAGUAGAGAUGGCAGAGGACUGUGGAACAACCCCGGAGCCACCCAGUACAGCAAGGAGACCCAGGAUCUGCUGAGAUUAAUGAUGCAGGAAUCAAAACUCACCAACCUCCAAAGAAAAAAGAUCAACGAAUGCCUCAAGAAUGGAGCUGCUCUACCACUGACCUCUGAGUCCACAUCACCAGCUUCUGCCCCUCAGCCUAAAAGCAGUAAAUCUGUUCAGAAACGUCUGCCAGGCAAUCCUCAGAGACGCAGCGCUGAAUCUUGUCGCUCUGGGAACAGCUACGUCAGAGAAAAGUUCCGUCCUGGUCCUAUAAGGGACUCGGAGAAAGAGAAGAGGAGGCUUCAGAACAUAUUGGCAACGGGAAAAGAAGAGCCAACAGUUGCAGCUUUCCAAAAUGUUCGUGCAUGUCGGAACCUAGAAGUGGCAGAGCAGAAAGACGAGUAUCAGGAAGUUCUGGAUGAGAUAGAGGAGAGAAGACAGUUUCUGGCAGAUAUGACCUCUCUGGGUCUGGAGAAGCAGUACAUCAACAUCAUCACCACUGAGAUAUCCCAGAGGAUUCGAGAACUGCAGGUGUUGGACAAGGCCCGCAGUCCCAACAAGGAUGAAAUGAUGUCUGAGAGGAAAGGGGAGACUGCAGAACAGAUGACAGAAACAAUGGAUUUGAAAGAGACCGUAGGAGAGAAGACUCACUGCCACUGACUGAGCACUUGGAAAUGACUUGGAAAUCAGGUGCAAGCAAUAUAACCUCAAAUUCAGAUUAUAAAUGAGUCGAGUUAAGUGCGACAUAAUGAAUUUGGUAGUAAUGUCUGGAAAGAGGUUUCAGCUGACCCGCUGCACAGCAGUGAAGACACAACUGUGACAUCAGGAUGUGAAAGCAUUAAACUUACAAGAAACAUGAACUACUUUCAUUGAGUUAUUUUAUUCCUCUGCCUUCCAGUGUCAGUUUUUUUUCUUAUAAUCCUGCUGCUGUUUUAGGACAAUGUAUAGCUGACAGAUGUGGUGCUACAGAAGCCCUUGGUUCCAGCUGGACAGGAAGACAGGCACAUAGCAGAAACAGAGAUUACAGAUAGACAAUCUAACUGACAGAACAGGAACAGAAUGAGUAAACAUACUGACAUUUACAUAAGCUCAAAUGACGCUCAUCCACGCAUGCAAUUAAAUAAAUGGCACUCGUACAAACAUUAACACAUUACUUUCCUAUCCACUUUUAAGGCAAAACAUGGAAACAUACAGAAAGGCAUAGUAAAAUAUAAAUUAAUGAUUGCAUAUUGAGGUUUUCCUCAAUGGUUAAAACAGUUAUAAGCUGGUGCUUCGCUACAUUUGUCAAAAAACUAUCUGCCUUUUCAAAUAUUCAUUAUAACAUGUGUGACCUUUCAUAUUAAUACACUUUCUGACAUCUGCAGAAUGCUUUCUACAAGGCUCUCCUGUAGACCUCACAUUUUCUAAAUCAAUCUGAUUUUAAGUCUCCCACUUUGUUUCCAGUCACACACACACACAUUAAUACUGUUUAUCCACGUCUUUGAUGAUAUGCAUUUACAUAAAUGACACCAUCACAAAACUGUCCCAGAAGAAACUAAACAAGGAAACCACAGACGAUCAUAACAUAGCAGCUAGAAAAACUUAGGUAUCCAUUGUCAAUAGAGCAUUUCAAGGGUAGAUGUUGCAAGAUUUAAAGCAGAGCUCAUAAAAAAAAAAAAAA